AUGGGAGGGACGGCUCGGGAGAGCCCGGAGGACUGCCGCUUUCUGGACGCAGAAGCAUCCAAGACACGAAAGAAGACCUUCACCAGAUACCAGAUCUGCGGACUGCUCUUCAGCGUGCUGCUCAUUUCUCUUAUUCUGAUAUUUUUUGGUGUCAAAUAUCUCUGGAACCCAACACCCAGAAAAGUUUACGACAUGGAGCACACAUUCUUCAGCCACGGUCAGAAGAAGAAGAUUGUGAUGGAGAUCGACCCAUUGGCCAGGACAGAGACCUUCAGGAGUGGGAACGGCAGCGAGGAAAUCCUGGAGAUCCAUGACUUCAAAAACGGAAUAACUGGCAUCUUCUUUGUGGGACUUCAAAAAUGUUUCAUCAAAACUCAGACUAAAGUCCUACCUGAGACAACAGAGGCCAAGAUCCCCGAGCUUGAGGGAGAAGAAAUCACGACCACCUACUUUGAGCAGUCUGUGGUCUGGGUGCCUGGGGAAAAGCCCAUUCAGAACAAGGAGUUUCUGAAAAGCUCCAAAAUUUUUGACAUCUGCAGAAACGUGACCAUCUACUGGAUCCACCCCACGCCAAUAGCAGCUCCUGAGCUGGCUGACCUUGAAGGGGCAGAAGAAGAAGACCCUGAGCUGCUCGUGGACAACCAGAGCUGGUUGGAUGGGGGGAGCGAACACGAGGUGAAGAAUGCACAGCCGGGGCCCAAGCGCCGGGCACGGCAGCUCACUGAGGAGGACCUGCCUGUCAACGACUACUCGGAGAAUGGGCUGGAGUUCCAUCCCUUGUGGGACGAGCAAGGCUACUGCUGUGCCCAGUGCCGCCGCGCCAACCGCUACUGCCGGCGGGGCUGCGAGCCCCUCCUGGGCUACUACCCCUACCCCUACUGCUACCAGGGCGGGAGGGUCAUCUGCCGGAUCAUCAUGCCUUGCAACUGGUGGAUCGCGCGGAUGCUGGGCAGGGUUUAGCACUCGCUGCACAGCACCCA